AAAAAAAAAGAAAAUUAAAAUCCUACAAAAGAAUUUUAUUAAUCUUUUCAAUCUCUUAGAGUUUAGAAAAAUGCAAAAUGUAAUAAAUUCUAAAAGGUUUGAUGAAGAAUCUAGAUACAAUUUAUUAUUCUAUAUUUAUCUUUAAUAAUGUACUGAGGAAGUAUCCGAAUCUUUUUUUAAAAGAGUCUAAAGGCAACAAUAACUUGGUUUAAAUCUAUUAUCUAAUAUUAAUUUAAACAACAGAAGACAGAAGAUAUAAAUAACUUGACCUUAAGUUCUUCAUUAGAUCUGUAAUAAAGAUCAGCAUUUAAUAGCUUACUAUCUAUUCGCCAAUAGGACAGUUGGCGUUAGUAUAAUAUAUUCUCGCCAACUGUAAUAACAUAAGAUUAAUAUAGAAUACAUGUGAAUAAUUAAUCUAAUAUUAUUAGGAUAAGUAUACCAUAAGUUAAACUCGUCAAUAUAGUUACUAGGAGCUAUUUUUACACAUGUAUAAUCACAUAAUGAUACAGACAAAAAUCUGGAAUUCCAUUUAAUAUCGAAUAUAUUUUAUCAAUGAGUUUUAUACUACGCUCUUACAAGAUAAUUUUGAAUAGUGGUUAAUAAUAUUGUAUGCAAUCUAUUUUCAAUUCUCAACGCUGACGUAUAAAGAUCAUACUUUAUCUUUAGAUAUGUAUUAAACACUUAUAGAAUGAUUUUAUUACUACUUUCUAAGCAAAUAUACGACAAAUCAUCUAGUUAACGUAUGUAAAAAGAAGAGAUUAUUUUGACAUUUUAAGACAUUAGUAUUUAAAAUGGCUUAGUAAGAAGAUUGGAGAUAAUAUACAUUUCGAAAAUUAUUGACGUCAUAUUACUCUACUAUAGAAAACUAAUUAAUUCUAUCCUGAUUAGCAUCUAGUGGGGUGUUUGAAUAUUCUUUUUAUUUAAUUUCAUAUUAGGAAUCAACUAUUAGAAGAAGAAUUAGAUCGUGUUCGACGAAGUCAAUAUUCUGAAAAUAUUUCCAUUCGACGAAUCGAAACGAAUACUCUUGAUUCAUCGUUAAAUGACUCAUCGAAAUAUAUUGAAGAAUUAAAAUCCAGAAUUGAUGAAUUUGAACACAGUUUUAUCGAAGAAAAAACCAGUAAAGAAUCAUUGCAAGUUCAAAUAAAGAUUCUCGAAGAAGAAAAUGCUGAUCUUAGAGAUAUUAUGACUCAAAUGAGAAAACGAGCACAAGAUGGUCGAAAGUAA